AGGUGACAAGGCAGCUGUACGAGCCACUAGUUAUGCAGCUGAUUCACUGGUUCACUAACAAUAAGAAAUUUGAAAGUCAGGAUACUGUCGCCUUACUAGAAGCUAUAUUGGAUGGAAUUGUGGACCCUGUUGACAGUACUUUAAGAGAUUUUUGUGGUCGGUGUAUUCGAGAAUUCCUUAAAUGGUCCAUUAAGCAAAUAACACCACAGCAGCAGGAGAAGAGUCCAGUAAACACCAAAUCGCUUUUCAAGCGACUUUACAGCCUUGCGCUUCACCCCAAUGCUUUCAAGAGGCUGGGAGCGUCACUCGCCUUUAAUAGUAUCUACAGGGAAUUCAG